AACUGAAGAGACCUAAUGCAAACAGAGCAUCUGGUGAGAGCACAAACAAGCCUUCAAGACACAGAAGAACCUCUAAACGCUUUUGGGUUCCCAGACGAACAGAAAGAAGAAAAAAUGUCCCAGUCUUUCACCAAGAACUUCUUCAUGGAUGACCCUUUCUUCACACACUCCCACUUUUUGUGGCCCAGACCCAUCCUGGCUCUUUCUAGUUUCAGAGAGGACUUCCUCCAGCGUAGAGCUCAACUGAUUCAGAGCCUCAGGAAUGAGAUCAGAGACGGCUUGCUAAAGGAACUGAGUGAGGAUCUCCACAGAGAGUUCUUCCAGAGUCUAGAUGAUCAGUGCUCCUCUAGCGAAGAAACAAAGCAGAACAACAAGCGAGACCUGUCUCUUACUCUGGACACUCAGGGGUUCUCUCCAGAAGAUGCCACUGUAACAAUAUCUGGGGAACGAGUGGAGGUCAUGGGAGCCAAGCAGACAGAGAAAGAAGGUUCCUCUUCAUCCACCAGCACUAAUGCAGACUCACAGGCGCAGGGAUUUGUUCAAGCUGUGGAGCUUCCUGAUCACCUGGAUCCAGCCACCUUGACCUGCUCACUUGGGGAAGAUGGUCUCCUGCAUUUAGAGUCACAAGAGUCCAAAGAGCAGAUGUCAGAAGAGCACGUCAUUCCCAUUCGCUUCAGAACAUCACUGAAUUUCCCCAUCAGGAAGGACAGCACAAACAAAAAGGAGGAUGAUGCUGAGAAAUCAAACUAGACUGAUGGUGCAUCAUAAAUUAUGAAAUAUUUAUAUUAAUGCAAUGAAUGUUCUCGCUGUAACUGUACAUUAAUGGUUUUAAUAAAUUGAUGA